AUCAACUGCCGCCUCUUUUCUUUUUCCUUCGCGUCUUCCUUCCCGUUAAUUUCCCUUUUCGCUCAGCCCCUCUCAGUUCUCUCGUCGGAAGCAUGCCAUCGUCGAACUCCGACAACGGCUCCCUGCUCGAGACUCCCGGGCCGGGGAAUCUGAACCACACACCGGAAGCUGAUCACCGGUCGCCUUCUUCUCCUCCUUUUUUUCACGAUCGUCACGGUUCGCCUUCAACCUCCUCGCUCCAGGGGGAGUUCUUCUUGACACAUGAUGCUAAAAGGAGAAGGAGAGAACUGGUGCUAGGAGGUGUUGGGGGAACCAGGAGAAAGCUUAAAUUCUCGGACUCCCCUGCAUCACUACCGCAACAACCAGCUGCUGUCGAAAUCGGCCGCUUCUCUGAUGAUUCCAGUGAUCAGCUUGGCAAAGUGACCCAAAUGCUGCAUGAUGAUACUUCUGCAAAUCAACCAUUUCCAGGGUCAGGGUGCUUAUUGCCAAGGGGGAAGAGAUUUAUCGACUGGAUUAGGAAAGUUGAUAAAUUUAUCACCGAGGAACUUCGGAGGGCGAAGCACACCCGUAGCCUGAACAAGAAGCUGGCAAAAAGGGAGAGAAUGAUUAAGAUUCUCAUGUCAAUGCGAUGACUAGCUGAUUAAAAAUGUAGCUAACGGUGUGGUUGUGUGAUUGAGGCAGGCGGGCAGUAUGCCGUAUACUAAAGGGAAGGGAAGUAUAUAUAUAUACAUGCUUAAUUACUCCUACUACUGCUGCUGCUGUUACUCCUUGCUUGUUUGUUUUCCUUAAACAUGUGCUUGCCUCUUUAGGUGCAUGCUUGUGCACCUCUAAAGUCUCAACCCAGGUCUUCUAAAAGCAUAGCUGCUAGUCAGCCUGGUACAUGACUGAAGGGAAGAACAGAUCUACUCUUUGAUUUCUUUGGUUCACUUAGCUAGUUUACCUAUCUAUGAUCUAAAAAAUGAAACUAGAGAAGUGUUCUAGGGUUUUCAGGACAAGUAUUUGUUAACUUUGUUGCUCCUGUCAUGAUUUUACAGCUGCCAGACUGUGGAGUGGAUUCUCUUCUGCACAUGCAUGGUCGUGGCAAGGAAUGAUGAAGGGCGCACCUGUUGGCAACGAAUGAUGUUCGUUUCAAUCAGCACAUUGAUCGCAGAGGAAGAGUUUUUGCUCUGUUAGUUCUCACGUUGGAAGCAGUAAUGCCAUGAGGCUUGUUUUGUUUAUUGUUAUAUCAACUUGAGUCUCUGGUUUAUCCCUUUCAAAAAAAAUAAGUCUCUGGUUUAUUAGAUGUAAUGUUCAGUUCAGUGGCUUACCUCAUUCCUAGAACCAGGCCAAGCACUUCGAUUUGUAGUUUGGUUAUGUAGUACGGACAGGUAGCUUGGUUUUUGGGGUUUGCAUUAUAAAUAUGCAGCACUAGCUGCUGAUUUUCGUUUAAAUAUUCAUUGUAGUAUCAGCAAAAGUAAUAAAAUACAGCAGAC